AUGAAUCAAAAAAUAAAUCAGAGCAAGCAAAUUGCUAUGGUGGUCUUGGAAGGAAUAAAGGUUUCGACCAAGGACACGGGUGUGGCUCCACUUUGCAGGGCUAUGCGUGAUGUUGUUAAUCCUGAUGAUGAAAUUAUAGUCCUCGCCCUUCUUCCUGUGAAUAACACAUCUGAGUUGCUAUCCAUUGCUGGCGGCGGGGAAGGUCGUCAGUGCAAUCAAUCACUUGAAGCAGAUCCACGUAUCAGGUUCCUCCAGGAAGAGAUCAGCCAGAGGAAGGAGGUUUAUUUGCGGGUGUUUCGACCUUUUUACAAUAGAUGCAAAACUAAUGGAGUAAGUCCAUCUAUGCACUUAUGGCAGGUGAAAUUUCAGGUAAAGAUAGCUUCUGGCUUCCUACCAAAGGAUAUCAUCAUUGAGGAGGCUAACAAUGUCAGAGCCACUUGGAUUGUAAUGGAUAGGUGUUUUGCGAGACACUUGACCUUUCGGCUGAGUCGCACAGAUUGCAAUUUAUCUUUAGUGAGUGAUGAUGAAGAAGCCACGGUUAAUUGCUUGCCUGCAAAUGAAGCACCAGAAGGUUCAACUGCCAGGGACAUAGCUGGCAAUCCAAAAUUCCCAAAUUUGAGGAAUGGAUCAAUAUCAGUGCAGAUAGUGUCCGAUUGUAAUUCCCUCCCUGCAGUUAAUAGUGAAUGCCAACCUUGUUCUCCAUUUCUUCCUAAAAGCAUAUGCAAAGAAAGUGAAAAUCAAACUAUAUCUGAGCCAGAGCCAUGCGGGGAAAGUGAGUCGCCUAAAGGGGCUAUUUCACCUGAGACUAUCUGUGUUCAGCGGAGCAAACAGGACACCAUGUCAACAAAAAUCAACUUUUUGUUAGGACAACCGUUGCAGCUAACCUGGGAGGUAAUUUUGGAGAUAACGCAAGGGUUUAAAUCAAGAAUUUGGAAUGGCCUGAACAGAAACUAUACGACCUAUUACGGAUACAUGGAAGAUGAUCAGUCCAUAGUUUUGGUGAAGAGAUUCAAUGGAAAUUCUGGCAGCAUUCUUGAAGCUGAAAUGAAUGCAUCUCUGUUCUUGCACCACAAGAACAUACUGAGUAUGAUAGGUUACCACAGAAGUGAACAUGAAAUAGUCCUAGUUUUUCCAGUGGCAACGGAAGGGACAUUAGACAGGCAUAUUAGUGACUUGAGCAGACAACCGUGGGGAUUGACAUUUGAAGAUAAACUGAAGAUAGCAAUAGAAACUGCCCAAGGAAUCCGAUAUAUGCAUGAAGAAUGCCCUCGAGGCCCCAUUGCUCACAGCCAAAUACACCCCAGCAACAUUUUCCUGAGAUCCGACUUGCAGCCAAUGAUCUCUGGCUUUGAGCAUGCUACUUGGCUUCAACUUAAACGAGAGUAUCCAGCCUUUGCUAACAGAUACCAGCUCGAGGAUUAUUUAGACCAUGGAUCAAUUGUGCUAAUAAAGUCGGACAUCCUUUCCUUUGGAGUUCUACUUUUAAGGCUCUUUUGCAGAAGAUCAGUACCGCAAGAUGACACAAUCAUGAUUGAGUGGGCCCGGCCAUUGCUGCUGGACAGAGCAUUCCAUCUGUUAGUGGAAGAAGACUCAGAUGAUUUGGACAUGCAUGCAAUUUUUAGGGUGAUGUCUGCUGCAAGAAUGUGCACAAUGAGCAAGCCAAUUUCACGACCUUCCAUAAGCGAAGUAAUCUCUAUUCUCAGAGGAGAAAAUUUUUGUGUUAUACAAUCAUCUCCAUCAGAGAGCGGUGCAUAA